ACUACGACUAAACAACGAUCAUAGGAAAACAAUGUUUGAUAAUUUAAGCGAUUUUCUCAAUCAAUGAAGACAAGGAUUAACUUUCUAUUGUUUGCACAUCUUAGAUGUCAACUCGUCUUAUAAAUGAUGAUUUUUUGUUUCAAGUUUGAACAAAGCGAAGCUUGUUUUUUUUGCGAAGCUUGCCAUCACAUUGCACCAUUUGGCUGAAGGAGCGUCUCAUAACGGCAUAGCUGCGCACUAUCGACUGGGUCGUUCAACAGUAUCAGAGAUUAUUUACAGCACGUGUGAUGCUCUUUGGAAAAAAAUGCAGCCUGAAUAUAUGACCAUGCCAUGUUGUCCAGAAGCAUGGAAAAAGAUAUCUGAUGGAUUUGAAAAAUGGAAUUUCCCCCAUUGUCUUGGGAGCAUCGAUGGAAAGCACAUUUUGAUCCAUGGUGGAUCAGAGUAUUUCAACUACAAACAGCGGGAGUCCAUUGUACUUAUGGCUGUAGUUGAUGCAUCAUAUAAAUUUAUUACCAUCGAUGUUGGAAAAUCUGGUAGCAACAGUGAUGGUGGCAUUUGGGAGUCAUCAGGUUUUGGAAGAGCUUUGGAGAACGGACGUGUAAACCUACCAUUUCCAGCACCUUUGUCAAGAAUUGAAUCAGGUGAAGCAUUGCCCUACAUGUUUGUAGGAGAUGAGGCAUUCCCAUUGCGCCCAUACCUGAUGCGUCCUUUUCCUGGCCGGUCACUGGACAAUGAUUCACGCCAGAUAUUUAAUUAUCGUUUGUCACGUGCUAGGAGAGUGGUAGAGAAUGCAUUUGGUAUCAUGUCUCACAGAUGGAGAAUAUUAUUCAAACCCAUCAUUGCAGAACCAUCAAAAGCUAUUUCCUUAGUUAAAGCCAUCUGUGUUCUACACAACUUCCUGCGUGUUAAGAAUGAUCUCAACUAUACUCCUCCAGGGUUUUUAGAUUCUGUUAAUGAAGCUGGCAACAUAACAGAGGGUUUCUGGAGGACAAAUGCACCUAAUCAAACCUCUACCACUGGCUACAACAGUCGCAGUGCUACUCAACAAGCCAGUCAAAUUAGAGAAAAACUUUGCACAUAUUUUAUAAGUUCUGAAGGUUCUGUGGGAUGGCAGUGGAAGCAUAUAAAUCGUCGAUAGUGGAUAUUAUCUUUUGUAGGAUUUUGUUUUAAUACAUAUGGUCAUUUGUUUUUGAAGCAGGAAUAACUUUAUAUAUGUUGUAAAGAUAUACAAUAAGUAUAAUAAUAGGAAAAUAAACUGUUAGUAAAACAUUAAAAUAGUUGUGUGCUUAAUGAUGACAUAAGAUAUUAAAAAAGAAAAACUA